CUUGCCGCAGCUCUCCCGGUGCCACCCGUUCCAGGGAGGCUGCUUGGUUUGGGAAGAUAUUCCCCAGGGGUCUCCCCUUCCCUUGGGGGCGCAGCUGAGGACUGCGAGGUGCGUCCGAGGGCCAGAAAGCUGAGAUCGAUUCUGAGUUCAAGGAUCAAGUCUGCCCUCAAACCAUUUUACAGAUCGGGAAAUCCGAGACCCAGAGAAGGGAUACUCCCGCCCAAGGGCCACCGAGCCGAGAGAAGCCCGGGCCAGGGCUUUCUUCGCGUAUGUGGGAAUGCAGGCGCGAGUCCUUGGGGGGCACAGUCCAUACGGGAGCUGAGGCCGAAGCCGGAGCACUAACUGCUCUCUAGGGGAUCGAGACGGCACUAGAGGGCUGGACUCCUUACUACCUCAGUUUCCCCAGCACUACCUUUGUUGAGGAAAAAGAGAUGGAAAUACUGGCCGAACGCGCUCCUGCUGAGACACAGUCCCACUGUAUUUAGACGCCCCGCACAUCCCCAAAUCUGAUCGAGGCUCCUUUUUUCAAGGACCCGCUAUCUCCCAGCCCUUUAAAAUCCGGCCCUGCCGUUCGAGUCUCUCGGCGUUCCAUUGGAAAGACUCGGGGCUCCAGCUCCCUUCUCUGGAAUGAACUGCUCUUGACUGCCGCCCAGCUUUACCGGAGCGUUAACUGCGCAGGCGCAAGGGCAGCCAACCCAGUAAAUGGAAGAGCCGAGUGCUAACGGCGCUGGGCGGGUCAGGGGCGGAGAGCGUGCUAACCAAUGACUUGAGGGAGUAGGGGCCGGGUUUGGGCCCUCAGUUGCUAAGCGCUACCCGAGUGGGAAGUGGUUCAAGAGAUGGGGUGAAGGGUGGUUCACCGGCUCUUCAAGUCCUCAGCCUUCUGGCCCGCGGAAGUUAAGCAACCAAGAGGCGGGCCUAAGACCGGAAGCAGGAAGGAGGGCGCAGGAAGCAAGGCGCCGCAGCCAGUCGUACGGUCCUUCUGUGGGUCUGUCGGUGCCGAGGGCAGGAUGGAGAAGCUGCGGCUCCUGGGCCUCCGCUACCAGGAGUACGUGACUCGUCACCCGGCUGCCACGGCCCAGCUGGAGACGGCAGUGCGGGGCCUCAGUUACCUGCUGGCAGGUCGAUUCGCCGAUUCGCACGAGCUGUCAGAGCUGGUGUACUCUGCCUCUAACCUGCUUGUGCUGCUCAAUGACGGGAUCCUACGGAAGGAGCUUCGGAAAAAGUUGCCUGUGUCGCUGUCCCAGCAGAAGCUGCUGACAUGGCUGAGCGUGCUGGAGUGCGUGGAGGUGUUCAUGGAGAUGGGAGCUGCCAAGGUGUGGGGCGAAGUGGGCCGCUGGCUUGUCAUCGCCCUCAUCCAGCUGGCCAAGGCCGUACUGCGGAUGCUCCUGCUGCUCUGGUUCAAGGCUGGCCUCCAGACCUCACCCCCCAUCGUUCCACUGGACAGAGAGACCCAGGCACAGCCCCCGGAUGGUGACCACAGCCCUGGCAGCCAUGAGCAGUCCUACGUGGGGAAGCGGUCAAACCGGGUGGUGCGAACCCUCCAGAACACACCGUCCCUGCACUCCAGGCACUGGGGAGCUCCCCAGCAGCGGGAGGGACGGCAGCAGCAGCAUCACGAGGAGCUGAUUGCGACCCCGACCCCCCUGGGGCUGCAGGAGACCGUCGCAGAGUUUUUGUACAUUGCCCGGCCGCUGCUGCACUUGCUCAGCCUGGGCCUGUGGGGUCAGAGGUCGUGGAAACCCUGGCUCUUGGCUGGUGUUGUGGACGUGACCAGCCUGAGCCUCCUGAGUGACAGAAAGGGCCUGACCCGGAGGGAGCGGCGGGAGCUGCGGCGCCGGACCAUCCUGCUGCUCUACUAUCUGCUGCGCUCUCCGUUCUACGACCGCUUCUCCGAGGCCAGGAUCCUCUUCCUGCUCCGGUUGCUGGCUGACCACGUCCCUGGCGUUGGCCUGGUCACAAGGCCGCUCAUGGAUUACUUGCCCACCUGGCAGAAAAUCUACUUCUACAGUUGGGGCUGACAGACCUCCCGGAAGGAGGGUGUGGGGAGGGGUGGGGCAGGGAGCCCCUCUUCCCUAAUAAAACUGACUCCGGCAGUGUCCCAGCGUGCGGCCUCUCCGUGGCCCCGCACCCAGCCCUGGUCGCCACCCGCGUUCCUCCCAGGACCCCCUUGACUGUGCUGUCCUGUGACGAUGCCACUGCAGCCUGCACCUUGUCACUGCUGGGCCAAGAAGCCUUCACUAGGAGUGGGAUCCAGGCUCUUCUCCCACAGAAAGCGGUGACUUCACCUCAUGAAGCCCGGGAAGCCGCUCGCCUCGACAGCCACAGGAGCGAACACUGCUGCUCUCUCACUGGCCCCUGGUGAGGACAGGAAGGCUGAACCCGGGUGAUGGCCGAACGCUGCCCAGCGUGUCUUCUGGCUGGGGCCCUCCGUCUGCCCCUUCUCUGCAGGGCCCUGUGGCUCUGGCAGCCCCAGGCCAUGGCGUUGCCAGCCUCCCUGUGACAGAGCCUGGUGAACAGUGAGUCUGGCUCCCAUGCAAGUGGCACUUCAAGCCCUGCAUCCUCGGUUGAGAGUAAAAGGCUUUUCUCCCUU